AUCAAAAAUGCGUUCCAUAUUGAGUAUAGGCUCACAUGCCAGGCUCGCUAAGAAUGCCUUCACUUAUUCCGCUUUCAAGCCUGCGUCGCUUUUAGUUGCUACCAGAAUCGCAAGACCACAGUUUGGUUCAUACAAUGCAACCCUUCCAUUGAAGAGUUUCUACUCCACAAAUACUUCGGGUACUGCUCCACCUCCACCACCUCCACCACCUAAUUCUACCACACACGAUAAGAAUGCCAGGGGCAAGGUGAUCCUCAACCGUAUCUCUCGUGCAUUCACCUUUUCCAUGUCGUCACUCAUGGUUAUCGGAGCAUCUGGUGUUGCCCUUCUUGUCAUUUAUCUUAUUCUUUCCGAACUUUUCCUUCCUUCAGGAGAUACCAGAACUUUCAAUAAGGCUGUCAAAUUAGUUGAGCAAAACGAAAAUGCUCAAAGAGUUUUAGGAUUUGAAUCUGGUAGUAGACUUAAAGCUUAUGGUGAGUCCUACGGAGACAAAUGGACGCGUAACAGACCAGUUCAAAGUAUGAAGACCAAGGGCCAAGAUGGCAAAGAUCGUUUGUUAAUGAAGUUCCAUGUGGAGUCAGACUCAGGUCGCCAUGGUACUGUCUCCUUGGAGCAAGUGGAUGAAUCAUUUUGGAAGGCUGACUUUGCUUACAUUGCCUUGGAUACCCCAGGUAACAAGAGAAUGUACAUUAUUGAACCAAAGUUCCAAUCCAAAAACUACGUACCUAAAUUAAAUGGUGGUGGCUUCUUGGGUCUUAAAUGGGGACCAAAGAAGGAAGAUUAAUGAUGAUGUAUAUAGCGAUAAAUUCAUUCCAUAAAUAAAUAUUUAAAACUAGCUA